ACAAAAAACGGUCAAGAAAUACAAAUCAAUGCAGUACUGUUCAAUGCAUAUUUUCGUGUGCAAACCAAAGGACUAUAAAUUCUGGAGUCCAUUGAUUACGAACAGAACAAAAAUUCAAGGAGGCAAUGCAGUUGAUUUUUUCAUAAAAACUUCCAAAAAAGUUUACACUCCGCAAUUCGGAAAAUGGACACUGCCUUUUAUUCGUAUACAAUCCUUGUACUACUGACAGCUACAUGGACAGCACAUCUUGCUGAUGGAAAGUCACCAUUGAUCCAGAAACCUAUCACUCAGCAGGAUGAAAGAUUGGUUUUUGUGCCACAAAACAAGAAAGUGCCUACCAAUGUAGAUCAAUUCGAGAUUCCCGAUGAUAAUCACGUUGCUGUUCCUGGAAAAGGCAUACAAUAUAUUCCAUGGUGGACAACUUUUCUGAUGGAUAUUAUAAUGAACUUCUAUCGGCAACGAAUAAACAACAGGAGCCAAUUUGGUGUUCUGUUCAUGGCCAACAUUGACAAUCUCAAAAACUUCCCUCUUAAUUUCGAACCGCAAAAUAAGAACGGUGAUCCAGUCCUUGAUAACAGGUACCCCAUUUCGCCAAACAAUGUUGCUGACUUUGGAAAUUAUGUAUCGACAAGGCCGGAAAAUAUCGAAGGUACAAUGAUACAUGCUGAAAAAGGAAUACUGAAUAAUCUUAACAGCUUGUGGGACGCCUAUCGGAGCAAAUAUGGUCAGCCACCAAAUUUUAUGCUUUUAUAUUCAUGGAUAAUGCCUUGUCCAAAUUACACUAACAUGAUUUUAAGUCGAUUUAACCUCCAGCCUUACUCCAACGUACAAUAUCGUGUUGUUGCAUACACUGUGGAAGGAACUAGCAGCGAUUUACCGUAUAUGACCCCACAAAGUAACGCACAAAGUCGAAAUAAUCUAAAGAACAGUGGCAUCACGGUUUACAGACAAAGAUGCCAGCGCCCAAAUGGCACUGUAUCAGAUAUGCACACAAAACUGGCACAGGAAAUUUCCGAAGACGCUUACCUUGAGAAAACUAUUGAAUCACAAAUACAUGUAAAAGACGACCCCAAUACUCACAUGUGCGGAUUAGAAGACACCUUUCAAGGUUGCAUGGUUGAAUGUCUUGGUGAUAUAUGCUGUUCCUGCAAAAACACGGGCAAGAGAGCAAUGACCAUAGCAUUGGUGAACGAAUUGACCAAAUUCUGCGCAGUAUCCGAUAUAACAACGUGUCCGCUGGAAUGGAUGAACACAUACUUUUCUCGAAACCAAAACUCUGCCAGUAGUUGCACGGUGUUUGAAAGUGUGGCAGCUAAAGUUAGAGCGUGCGCUGCAACCACAUGUUUCGGAAGACCAAUGUCAAAACCUUUGGAUCCAACGAACCCGUACAAUAACCCUGGAUACCUGAUCAACUUUUCUGACUUGAACACAAUUCCCAAAGUUGAUCUCACAGAUUUUUGUCAAGACAUUAGGGCAGAAAGUUUGCUUUGUACAACCUAUAGGGCGGACAGCUUUACAGCAGGUAACACACGUUGUAGAAGUGACAACCGCUGUGGCUUUAAUCAAGGUACCUCAUAUAGUUGGUGCUAUGUGAACUUCAAUGGAGACUGGGAUUAUUGCUGCACGGGCUCUUGUGGAUUCAAUGAAAAAACAGAUUACAUGUGGUGUAGAAGUGGCGACAGAUGGCAAUACUGUGGAAAUGGUGGAAAUAUUACCAUUGGUGGCCAACUAUGUCUGGCUGAGUUCCCAUGCGGCAUGCACCAAGAAAACGGCAAGGCAAGUUACUACUGGUGUUAUACUGGCACUUACUGGGACUACUGCUGUCAGCCUUGGGACACCUGCUCUACUCAUGGUUAUGAGUACAACUGGUGCUACACUGGAUACAAAAAGCAAACAAAGUAUCAAUAUUGCACACCACCGUAAAAAUAUAGGGAAUCGUGCCACAGAAUUGUCGAAACUACCUUUAUUGGCAGAUGUCAUCACUUAUUUUGAAUCCGGCGGUAGGAU